ACGCGCGAAUCACGUGGAUAGAUCCUUGAAAUUCACAGGCACUACCGUCCCGUCGUCAAACCCUAAACCAAAAUCAGAGAAAUCAUCAAAAUCACCGGAAAAUGGGAGUAGAGAAGGAAGUCGUGAGAGCAGGAAAUGGGCCCAAACCACAACCUGGUCAAACUGUCACCGUCCACUGCACUGGUUUUGGGAAAAAUAGAGACCUGAAUCAGAAAUUCUGGAGCACUAAGGAUCCAGGGCAGCAGCCUUUCUCUUUCAGGGUCGGCCAAGGCCAAGUUAUCAAAGGAUGGGAUGAAGGAGUACUGAGCAUGCAAGUGGGAGAAGUUGCUCGAUUAACAUGCUCUCCUGAUUAUGCUUAUGGUGCUGCUGGAUUUCCAGCAUGGGGUAUUCAGUCAAACUCAGUUCUGGUUUUUGAGAUUGAAGUCCUGGGUGCACAGUGAGCAUUUUCCCAACAUUUGGCACUUCCUAUGUUGUACUCUUUGCAGUAGACAGUUUGGUGAUGGUUAGACAUAAUAUUAUGGCACUUGGUAAGACAGCUUUGAGGGUAUCAGUACUGCUCAUGUACUUUGCAUUAUGCAACUUUUUAAAGCAGGCUGAGGCACUGAUAAAUGCUAUCUAGCUUUUCUCUGGAUUAUGGUCGUUCUAAGAGACCACUAAUUUGCCCUUGAAGACAAAAUUAUUUACUGUUGGAAUAAAUUCGAUUUGAGUGAAAUGGAGUAGAUAUAAGAGGAUUCAUAUGGUCA